AUGUUUGUCAGCUUUGGCCACAGCCUUAAGAAAGUCGUUUCAUUCACAAGCCUUGAAGCCAUUCUCGAGGAUCUGACGACUGCUUUGGACAACAAAAAUCCUCAGAUUAAGAGCGAAACGGCGCUGUUCUUAGUCCGCACUUUCGCGAAGACUCACCCGAAUGUGUUGAACAAGAAAUUGUUG